UUGUGUGUAUAUAUAAAUAAUCCUCCAAUCCCACCUCUAUUCACUGUUUCAUUCCCAAUACCAAUUCUUUCUCUUUCAAUUCUCACACCUCACCUCCAGAUGGCAGACGAACUCCACGAAUCCGAUGUUGUAUUCGCCAACCAGCACCGCACCAACGACCAACUCCAAGCCGAUCACAACAACAAGAACAAGAAGAAGAAGAACAACAAGGUACAUCCGGUGGGAAGCAGCAGUGCUGAUAAUAGGUCGUUGCCGGUGAACAUCCCGGAGAGCAGGCGGCUGACGAUGAGGUCAUUGAAAGAUUCAAGUCAGGAGGAGGAGGAGAUGGUGCCGCCGCACGUGAUGGUGGCCAGAAGAGUGGUCGGAGGAGGGAAAAUGGCGUUCUCGGUGUGCACAGGCCAUGGAAGGACCUUAAAAGGAAGAGACCUAAGUCAGGUCCGCAACUCCGUUCUCCGGAUGACCGGCUUUCUUGAAGCCUGACCUCACCGCCUCAACGUACCUCUUUUUUUUCUUUUUUCCUUUUUUGCCCCCCAUUCCAUUCUUGCAUAUAUAACAACUCAUCAAAGGGAAAAGUGGAAAACCAAAAUUUCCAUCUCCCCACUCUCAUUAAUUAUUGCUUGUAACAAGCCCGGCGGGGAAAUUAAAUUAAACUAUAUAGAGAAAAUUCCAGAUAAUUGUUUUUUAAUUAAUUAGAAAUCAAAAUAUCCAUCUUCUUCA